UGUGAGGUGGCCAAAAGGUUGUGGUUCGCUAGUUCUUGGUGUAUUAGGUGGGAAGCCUCUAAUUGUGGUAACCUUCAAUCCUACUUGCAUUGUCUCAUGGAACCUGAAGGAGUGCUUCCAGUUCUCCUGGAAGACAGAGGAAACUUUUUCUUGUUUAGUGCUAUUUUGUUGGAACAUCUAUGGUGGUUACGUAAUAGUGUUGGAUGGAGGGGAGAAGUCAACAUUGUUGAACAUUCUAUGAGGCAAAUUUUGACCAAAUUUGUUGAAUUUAAGUCCCUCAGUCGUCACAAACCUAAGUAUAGUUUUAUGGUGUCUUCAACAAGACAUAACAGGAUGUGGAAUGGUCCCCCAGUUGGAGUCAUAAAAAUUAACACGGAUGCUACCCUGAGCAAGAAUGGCAAUUGCCUUUCUAUGGUGGUCCGAAACGAUAGAGGAAGUCUGAUGGGAAUCCACACCUUCCAUUCUAAGACCACCAUCCCUGAGGUGGCAGAGGUUGAAGCCAUUUUGAUGGCCAUGCAGGAAGCGGAGAAGCGCGAUUGGAGGUGCAUCUUUAUUGAAUCAGAUGCUCUCAGCGUUAUUGAGAGCCUGGUUAAUAGAGAAUCGAGAUCUUUACAUUGGAAAGCUACUCAUCUUGUGAAUGAUAUCUUCCUUUUGAUUCCUAAGUUUGUUAAUGUUUCCUUUGGAUGGGUCCAUAGAGCAGCUAAUAGAGCAGCCCACUGUAUAGGUCAAUGGGCCUAACAUGUUUCUUUCUUUGGUAAGGUAAAUGCCAGUUUCCUACCUGCUGAUGUUUUUUUUGUUCUGAUUCAGGAAAGCAAAAGUAUUGUAGCUACGUGAAUCGAGGCUUUGGCUUUUUGGUGCCAGCCUUUUCUUUUGGGUUCGAAUGGAAUCUCUUUUCUCCAACAAAAAAAAUGUGGAAUUUUUUCUUCUUCUAUUCAAUUUGUACACGCUAUUUUUCAAAAGAAACAGAAAAAAA